CCAAAACCUACCUUCUUCACAUAACACCCACUAUCCAUCAAUGGCGGCUCAAAUCAUUAUCCAAUCCCUCCAUCAGCCAUCCCAUUAUAGAAUAGCCGUCCAUCGCUCAUGACACAUGACCAACGAAGAUGAAUGGCACCAACACCUCUGAUGGAUUGAUGAACAAUGACAUGAUGAGCAGUAGCGGAUUCUACGGCCUUGGCUUCACCAUUGCCAUUUUCUUUCUCCUCGUCACCGCCAUCGCCGUUGUUUCCUACCUCUGUACCCGGCCCUCCUCAUCCCCAACCCACCAGUCUCGAGAGCUCCACGGGCCCACUCAACAUCAACCGCCCGUAGCUGACAAUGAAGUGGGCCUUGAUGAAGCCACCCUCUUGAGCUACCCCACACUACUUUACUCGCACGCCAAGAUCCACAACAAGGACACCACUUCAUCUUGCUGCCCCAUCUGCCUCGCGGAUUACAAGGACACAGACAUGCUGCGGCUACUGCCUGACUGCAGGCACCUAUUCCAUGUUAAGUGCGUGGACGCCUGGCUGCUGCUGCACCCAACAUGCCCUGUUUGCCGCACAUCGCCUCUGCCGACCCCUCUUGCAAAGGUUGUCCCGUUAGCAAGCCAGGUAUGAAGCGGCCAUUCGUAUUGGAUCUGCUUCCUUUAUGUAGAAUGUAAAACAAAUACCAUCACUACAGAGUUUGUGUUUGAAGCUCAUAGCCUUUGAAAAUUCGGUGUGUUUGCAUUCAGAAAAGUUGUACAUGUAAAAUAGAAUCUGAUUGCCACAGGGAUUAUAGAGUGUCCAUUUGUUUUUAGCUCCUCUAAAUAACGGGGGACAUGUCAGAGAGGUCUGAACCAUUCAUCAGUUGGGCCUCUGGACUCGGAUGGAGUAGUGUAGCAUGCAGCAACCACGUCCCUACCUUAUGCUACUGAAAAGUUCUGUGGGUC